AACCGACCGGAAGUGCCAGUGGGGGAAGCCGCGGGCGGUCUCUCCGCCAUGGACGGGGGCAGCGGCCCCGGCCCGGAGCCAGUAAUGGCGGCGGGACCCAGCCCGGCCCCGGAGCUGCCCCCGGAGGCGGACCCGGACGUGGAGCCGCUGCCGCGGGGCGGGUUCCGCUGCCGCUUGUGCCAGGUGGCGGCGGCCAACCGGCCGAGCCUGGCCGAGCACCUCCGGGGGAAGAAGCACCAGCGGCUGCGGAGCCUCCGGGCCGAGCGGCGGGCGCAGGAGCAGCGGAGCCUCUUCGUCAGCGGCUUCGCCCGGGGCACGGCGGCCGAGGAGCUCGCCGCCUACUUCGGGGCCUUUGGGGAGGUGGCGGCCGUGGUGAUGGACAAGGAGAAGGGCGCCUACGCCAUCGUGGAGCUGCGGGAGGUGGCGAGCCGGGAGCGGGCGUUGGCGCAGCCCCAGCACGCCUUGGCCGGUCGGAGCCUCCGCGUCCGGCCCCGGGAACAAAAAGAUUUCGCCCGCCCUUCGCCGGGACGCGGUGCCCGCCGGGAGCCCCUCGGUGCUGGGCAGCUGGAGCAGGCGUUGUGCCAGGCCGCAGAUGUGGACGCCCAGAUGGAGCAGCUGGUGGGGCUGCUGGAGCUGAGCGAGGGCGAGCGUCGCCUGCGGCACCUCCUGGUCACGCUCUUCCAGGAGGUUUUCUCCGAAUUCUUCCCCGGCUGCGCCGUGCUGCCCUUCGGCUCCUCCGUCAAUGGCUUCGACGCCCACGGCUGCGACCUGGACCUGCUCCUCGACUUGGAGCCCACCAAAUCCCUCCAGACAUCAGCGCGGGGAGCCCCCGGGGCCGGAUCCUCCGGGGCCGGAUCCUCCGGUGAUCCCGGGGCAGAGGAAUCCAUCCUGAGCGACAUCGACCUGGCGUCAGCCUCGCCGCCGGAGGUGCUGGAGCUGGUGGCGGCCGUGCUGCGCCGCUGCGUGCCAGGCGUGCGCCGUGUCCGGGCCGUCCCCACCGCCCGCCGCCCCGUCGUUAAGUUCAGCCACAAGCAGUCGGGUUUGGCGGGUGACAUCUCCAUCGACAACAGGUUUUGGGGGCACGCGGGGGUGGCGGAGGCUCCGUCGUUCCUCUCCCGGGGACGCGUCUGUCCCUCAUUUUGUGACACCCCUGUCCCCACAGGCUGGCGCUGCACAACACUCAGUUCCUGCGGCUCUGUGGCGAGGCGGACAAGCGCGUGCGGCCGCUGGUCUACGCGGUGCGGCUGUGGGCCAAGCAGCAGGGCCUGGCGGGUGAGCGUGGCCGGGGGCUCGGCAGGGAGUUUGGCAGGCGGGGUGCACGCGUGGGGCCGCUCUGAUGCUGUCCCCCCCUCAGGAAACCCUGCCGGGGGCGGCCCCCUCCUCACCAACUACGCACUGACGCUGCUGGUGCUGUUCUUCCUGCAGACGCGCAGCCCCCUGGUGCUGCCCACAGUCGCUCGGCUGCGUGAGCUGGCAGGGGACGAGGACCGCGUCGUGGUGGCCGGCUGGGACUGCAGCUUCCCCCGGGAUGCGGCGUUGCUGGAACCCAGCGCCAACAGCGAGAGCCCCAGCUCGCUGCUGGCUGAAUUCUUCCGUGUCUUCGGGGACUUCGACUUCUCAGGGCAAGUGGUGUCGCUGCGGGAGGGCCGGGCGCUGCCCCUGCCAGAGGCCGGUGAGCCCUUCAAGCUGGGGUCCCUCAACCUGCAGGACCCUUUCGAGCUGAGCCACAACGUGGCGGCCAACGUCAAUGAGAAGACGGCGUCACGCUUGGGGCGCUGCUGCCGCGCUGCCGCCAAGUACUGCCGCAGCCUGCAGUACUGCCGCAAGUCCACCAAGGGCCGGGGCUGGGGCCUGGCGCGGCUCUUCCAGCCGGGCGCCGUGGAGCCGGGGGCAGGCGCCGGUUCUUUCCUCAUCUCCAUCCCCGUGGCUGCCACCCGUCCCCCCGAGCAGCUCUGCGAGGAGCCCGACAGCUGCGGGUUCAAGGAGAUCUGCGCCGCCAUCGCCUUCGUGCUGCGCGACAUCCUCCAGUGCGGCUGCGCCCCGGGGAAGCCGCAGAAGCAGGUGGGAGGCUCUGGAGCGGAGCAAAGCCUCCCCGAGGACCCCGCGCUGGGUGAGGAGCCGCCUGGCGAUGCCGCGGGACUGGAGGAGGAACCCCUGCAGCCACCGGUGGGCUCCAAGCGGCCCCAGCCUGACGGGACGGACAGCGCUGCGCUGCCUGGCGCCAAGAGGCCGCGGGUGAACGGCCCUGAGGAGGAGGAGGAGGUGGCGGCGAGCUGGAGCUGCGCCGUCUGGCACCGCGUAUGGACGGGCCGCCGCCGCCUGCGCCGGCAGCUGCUGCACGGGGCCAGCCCCGAGGAGCCUGACGGGGACCUGCUGGAGCUGGAGCAGAAAGUGUCGGAGGCCAUCGUGCAGCACGAGGGAGCCGCGCGGCCGCCCGAGCCGCUGCUCCGCUUCGAGGCCAGCGCCCGGCUGGUGGGAGGGACGCAGCGGGAGCCGCGGGUGCUGCUUCGCCUGGCCCCGAGCCCGGCCCCGGGGCCGCUCUUCAGGGACUUCUUCCAUUUCCUGCAGGCCUUCCUGCCCUCUGCCCUGCGGCGGCACCUGGGCUGGGGGCCGGGCGCAGCCCCCCAGAACUGAGGGGCGGGGAUUUAUUAGUUUAUUUUUCUACGCUUUGUACAAUAAAGGCCCACUUCGGAGCAGCA